CCUUUCAAGGCCUCAUAACCUAACAACUCCUAGUACACUAGUCUUUCCUCUUUCACUCUCUCUCUCUCUCAGCUUUUUCCUUCCUCUUCCUUUGAAUACAGGAAGGAAAUUGGUUUUCCUCGGAGGAAGGAAAUCAGUAAUACUACUGGUGUUGAUAUUGGAUUUGAGAUUGUUUAUCAUAAAUAUAUAGUUCUGGCCGGGUUAAGGAGCGUAGAAGUUAGAGUGGGUGGAAGGUAUCAGCAGAAGAGAAGAAGGAAAAGUAGAAGGAAAGUGAAGAAGGUGAGAGAUAGUUUGAUGGAUUUCUGGAACAAGAUGGUUUUCCCUGUUCGUCGAGUUUUUCUUGCUAUCACUUCUCGUCUUAAGCCUCAAAAAUCUGGUGUUGGGCUAUUGAAGCUUCACGAUGAUGUACAGACGUGUGGCUAUGAAGACGUGCAAGUGAUGUGGGAAAUACUGCAAAGAUCAGAAUCAGAAAUGUUAGGAAGUAGUCAUAAUAAUCAUCAUGAUCAUGAUAAUGAGCAACCGAAGCGCAAGCACAGAUUGUUUCAGAGAGUUUUUGUAUGGUCUAACCAAACUACACACCACCAAUAAUCAACUACUGCUUUCUCACCCAAUCCAUAAUAUAUAUAUUUAUAUGAUGAGUACAGUAAGUACAUCACUAUAAUCACAUACCAAUAUCUGAAUAUAUAUAUAACUAUAUUGAUGCAAAUAAUGUUCAUUGACAGAAACAAUAUAUCUCAGUAGCAUCACAUAUAGUUCACUUGUUAAAUAAAAGCCUAAAUACGCAUUCAAGGUGUAUCAAAAUUGGUAUGAUAAAUGAAAGAUUUACUGUUACUUUUUC